GCAGCCUCCGCUAGCUUAGCCACUGCCUGCAGCCCGCAAACUGGAGCCGGAGCCCGACCCGCGCCUGGCCGACGUGGGGCUUCUAGGCGGCGGCGGUGGGCGAUGCUCCAGCGACCUAAGCAGCCAUGGAGGCCGAGGCGGGCGGCUUGGAGGAGCUGACGGAUGAGGAGAUGGCGGCUCUGGGCAAGGAGGAGCUGGUGCGGCGCCUGCGGCGAGAGGAGGCAGCGCGCCUGGCGGCGCUGGUACAGCGCGGCCGCCUUAUGCAGGAGGUGAAUCGGCAGCUGCAGGGCCACCUAGGCGAGAUCCGCGAGCUCAAGCAGCUCAACCGGCGCCUGCAAGCUGAGAACCGCGAGCUACGCGACCUCUGCUGCUUCCUGGACUCGGAACGCCAGCGCGGGCGGCGCGCCGCCCGCCAGUGGCAGCUCUUCGGGACCCAGGCGUCCCGGGCUGUUCGCGAGGACUUGGGUGGUUGCUGGCAGAAGCUGGCCGAGCUGGAGGGUCGCCAAGAGGAGCUACUGCGGGAGAACCUGGCACUUAAGGAGCUCUGCUUGGCGCUAGGCGAGGAGUGGGGUCCUCGCGGCGGCUCCAGCGGUUCUGGGAGCUCCGGCCCCGGGCCGACCCCCGAGCUCGCCCUGCCUCCCUGUGGCCCCCGCGAUCUGGGUGAUGGAAGCUCUAGCACUGGCAGCGUGGGCAGCCCAGAUCAGUUGCCCCUAGCCUGCUCCCCUGAAGAUUGA